UCUCUUAGGUGAUGCUGCAGCCAAGAUGGCGCCGGCGGCGGCCGCGGCUGCCUGAGCGCAAUGCUCCCGGUCCCUGGCGGCAGCGGUGGCGGCUGUGGCCUCGGCCGGGGCCUCAGGUCUGUCCCGGGCGUGAGUGCUCACGCGCCUCUCCUCCGGCCGGGUUAACCCAGACAAAGAGGAGACGGCCACGAAGAGAGGAGGCAGUGAGGAACGGAGAGAGAGCGCGGCGCCCCCCGCUUCGGCACCAUGGCUGGGCUCAUCAAGAAACAGAUCCUGAAGCACCUCUCCAGCGAUCCCUGCUGGCUGUGGUGGAGAUUGGUGUGCCGUGAGUUUCAUAAUCACCCAAAUGAGUACCAGAGGAGUCUAAGAAACCCUGGCAACUGACUACUUGCUUUCACCACGAGUAGGGACCUUUUGUCUGAAUUUCCUGCCCUCAGAUUUACCAAAAAUUUAUCUCCUGACAAGAUAAAUCUAAGUACCCUUAAAGGAGAAGGUGAACUGAAGAAUUUGGAGUUGGAUGAAGAGGUGCUCCAGAAUAUGUUGGAUUUGCCAACAUGGCUUGCUAUCAACAAAGUUUUUUGUAAUAAAGCAUCAAUUAGGAUACCAUGGACAAAACUGAAAACACAUCCCAUCUGUCUGUCUUUGGAUAAAGUAAUAAUGGAAAUGAGUACAUGUGAAGAACCACGAAACCCAAAUGGCCCAUCACCAAUUGCAACUGCUUCAGGACAAAGUGAAUACGGCUUUGCUGAAAAAGUAGUUGAGGGAAUUACUGUUUCUGUAAAUUCCAUUGUCAUCCGCAUUGGAGCAAAAGCCUUCAAUGCAUCCUUUGAACUUUCCCAGCUACGGAUCUAUAGUGUAAAUGCGAACUGGGAACAUGGAGAUUUAAGAUUUGCUCGUAUUCAAGAUCCACAGAGAGGAGAGGUUUUGACCUUUAAGGAAAUAAAUUGGCAGAUGAUUCGAAUAGAGGCAGAUGCUACCCAAAGCUCACAUCUUGAAAUUAUGUGUGCUCCUGUUCGAUUAAUAACCAACCAAUCAAAAAUCAGAGUCACACUUAAAAGAAGAUUAAAGGACUGCAAUGUCAUUGCAACAAAGUUAGUUCUAAUGCUGGAUGACUUAUUAUGGGUUUUAACGGAUUCCCAGUUGAAGGCUAUGGUACAAUAUGCAAAAUCUCUUAGUGAAGCAAUAGAAAAAUCAACAGAACAAAGGAAGAGUAUGGCUCCUGAACCUACACAGAGCUCUGCGGUAGCCCCAUCUACCCAGCAAGUGAAGACACCACAGACUUCAAAUGCUCCUGAUCUAAAUGAUGCAAUUGUGAAACUAUUCAAUGACUUUGAUGUUAAAGAAACCUCCCAUCAUUUAGUGAUUUCUCAUCUAGAUCUACACAUAUGUGAUGAUAUUCAUGCUAAAGAAAAAGAGUCAAACAGACGUAUUACUGGAGGGGCUAUGCAACUGUCUUUUACACAGCUAACUAUAGAUUAUUAUCCUUAUCACAAAGCAGGAGAUAGUUGUAAUCAUUGGAUGUAUUUUAGUGAUGCAACCAAAAUAAAAAAUGGUUGGGCCAACGAGUUGUUACAUGAAUUUGAGUGCAACGUUGAAAUGCUUAAACAGGCUGUAAAGGAUCAUGAUGUAGGUUCACCUCCUGAAUCCCCAACACAUGCCUCUCCCCAGCACACACAAACAGAGAAAGACUCAACUCUGAAAGGGACUUCCAAAACGCCUACAGUGUUACCUCAACAAUCCAAAGUUAAGUUAAUGUCUAGUUCUGUUGUGGUUAGACUUGCAGAUUUCAAUAUAUACCAGGUCUCUACAGCAGAACAAUGUCGUUCCUCACCCAAAAGUAUGAUUUCUUGCAAUAAAAAAUCCCUGUAUCUUCCACAAGAAAUGUCAGCUGUCUAUAUAGAAUUCACAGAAUAUUACUAUCCAGAUGGAAAGGAUUUUCCAAUUCCAUCUCCCAACCUUUAUAGCCAGCUGAAUGCACUACAGUUUACUGUGGAUGAAAGAAGUAUUCUAUGGUUAAAUCAGUUUCUGUUGGAUUUAAAACAGAGUCUUAAUCAGUUUAUGGCUGUGUACAAGUUGAAUGACAAUUCAAAAUCUGAUGAGCAUGUUGAUAUUCGAGUUGAUGGCUUAAUGCUAAAGUUUGUCAUUCCUUCUGAAAUGAAAUCUUCUGAAUGUCAUCAAGAUCAACCACAUGCAAUUUCUAUUCAGAGUUCAGAAAUGAUUGCUACAAAUACAAGAUACUGUUCAAACUGUCGACAUUCUGAUUUAGAAGCUUUGUUUCAAGACUUCAAAGAUUGUGAUUUUUUCAGUAAAACAUAUACCAGUUUCCCCAAAUCUGGUGACAAUUUUAAUCUUCUGCAUCCAAUCUUCCAGAGACAUGCUCAUGAACAAGAUACCAAACUGCAUGAAGUUUAUAAAGGAAAUGUUACUCCUAAGUUGAAUAAAUACACUCUUAAAACUUCUGCUGCCACGGAUGUUUGGGCUGUGUACUUUUCUCAAUUUUGGAUAGAUUAUGAAGGGAUGAAAAGUGGAAAAGGACGACCAAUAAAUUUUGUAGAUUCUUUCCCUCUUUCCAUCUGGAUUUGUCAACCAAAAAGGUAUGCAUUGUCACAAAAAUUGCUGCAGACUUGUAAUCAGAUAUCUCUAAAUACAUCACAAAGUGAGUCCAGUGAUCUGACUGGCCGAUGGAAGCGGAAAAAGCUCUUGAAGGAGUAUUAUAGUACAGAGUCUGAUCCCUUGACAAAUGGUAGUCAGAAACCUUCAGAUACAUUUUUAAGAUUUUCCUCUUCAUCAUCAGAUGCAGAUAUUCAUGUCCUGGUUCACAUUCAUAAACAUGUCAGUAUGCAGAUCAAUCACUACCAGUAUCUGCUCCUGCUUUUCCUCCACGAGUCACUUAUUUUGCUUUCAGAGAAUUUAAGAAAAGAUGUAGAAGCUGUGACUGGCAAUCCAGCUAGUCAGACAUCCAUUUGCAUUGGAAUUUUACUUAAAAGUGCGGAAGUGGCUCUUUUGCUUCAUCCAGUAGAUAAAGCAAAUAGUCUUAAGUCUCCUGUUUCUGAAAGUGUGAGUCCAGUGGUUCCUGAUUAUUUGCCUACAGAAAAUGGAGAAUUUUUGUCUUCAAAAAGAAAACAAGUUAAUAGUGGUAUAAAACAAAUUAGAAGUGUAACUGUUAAUCAUAUGUCAGACAACAGAUCUAUGAGUAUUGACCUUAGCCAUGUCCCUUUGAAGGAUUCUUUGCUUUUUAAAUCAGCUAGUGAUACAAAUCUGCAAAAAGGUAUUUCUUUUCUGGAUUAUUUAUCAGAUAAAAAUUUAGGGAAAAUAAGCGAAGAUGGAAGUAGUGGAAUUGUUUGCAAAAGUGGCUCAGGAGAAAUUGGAUCAGAAACAAGUGGCAAAAAGGAUUCAUCUUAUACAGAUUCAAAUAGUGUCUUAAACUACAGAGAAGACUCAAGUAUGCUGUCAUUUGAUAAUGGUGGUAAUCAGAACAUACUUUCAAAUAGUUUAACUAGUAAAGGAAAUGAAACCAUAGAGUCAAUCUUUAAAGCUGAAGAUUUGCUUCCAGAAACAGUUUCACUCUCUGAGAACAUGGAAAUCAGUAAAGAAGAAGCACCCACAGUCAGAACACUUAAAUCACAGUCAUCUUUAAGCAGAAAGCCUAAGGAACGUUGCCCACCCAACAUGGCUCCACUCUCUGUUUCUUAUAAGAACAUGAGAAGAAGCCCCUCACAAACCUCACUGGAUACCAUUUCACUUGACAGCAUGAUAUUGGAAGAACAGUUGUUAGAAAGUGAUGGAAGUGAUAGUCAUAUAUUUUUGGAAAAAGGUAUUAAAAAGAACUCAACUACAAAUUACCAGAGCCCAGCAGAUCGGGCAAAUGCCAGUGCAAACCUACAGAAUUAUGGUGAAACCUCUCCAGAUGCCAUCAGUACAAAUUCAGAGGGUGCUCAAGAAAAUCAUGAUGACCUGAUGUCAGUUGUGGUGUUUAAAAUUAUUGGUGUUAAUGGAGAAAUUGACAUCCGAGGGGAAGAUAUGGAAAUCUGUCUUCAAGUGGACCAAGUGACACCAGAUCAGUUAGGCAAUAUCAGUCUACGGCAUUACCUUUGUAAUCGUCCAGUAGUUUCAGAUCAUAAAGCUGUAAUUCAUUCUAAAUCCUCUCCUGAGAUUACUCUGAGAUUUGAAAGUGGGCCUGGUGCUGUAAUACACUCUUUGCUUGCAGAAAAGAAUGGCUUUCUGCAGUGCCAUAUAGAAAACUUUAGCACUGAGUUUCUUAUAUCUUCUCUUAUGAAUAUUCAACAUUUUUUGGAAGAUGAAACUGUUGCAACAGUGAUGCCAAUGAAGAUACAAGUUUCUAACACAAAAAUAAAUUUAAAAGAUGACAGUCCUCGUAGUAGUACAGUAUCCCUUGAACCAGCUCCUGUAACUGUUCAUAUUGAUCAUCUUGUGGUAGAGAGAAAUGAUGAUGGCUCUUUUCAUAUCAGAGAUUCUCAGAUGCUUAACUCUAGAAAUGAUUUGAAAGAAGAUGUCAAAAGUGAUUCAGUGCUGCUUACCAGUGGAAAGUGUGAUCUGAAAAAACAACACGGUGUCACUCAAGCCACUCAGACGAGCCCAGAGGUUCCUUGGCCUUCUCGGUCAGUCAACUUUCCUGAGUGCUCCUUUGACUUUACUAGGGAACAGCUCAUGGAAGAGAAUGAAUCUCUUAAACAGGAAUUGGCUAAAGCUAAAACAGCUCUUGCAGAGGCUCACUUGGAAAAAGAUGCUCUUCUCCAUCACAUAAAGAAGAUGACAGUUGAAUAGCAGGAGUGGCAGUCAGAAACUUAAAUUAUAGCUCUGGAGUAUGGUGGUUAUAUUUAUAAUGUGAUGUUACCAAUUAGUGGAAGACUUUCCUUUUCAUGAAAAGACAAUAAAAUGAAAUAGAAUGUGAUGAAGUGGUGACUAUUCCAAAGCCAGUUUAGAAAAUACUAGGUACGGGCAUUACAGUCUUUUGGUUGUUUUGUGUUUUGGGGUUUAACCCUCUUUUAAACUGGUGUGAUAUAGGGAAGUCAACGCAUACUGUAAAAUAAUUACCUGCCUAAUGAAUAGAAGAUGUCAUUUCCUAAUUUUGAUAUUACAUUAUAGGCAUUUUUAAAAAAGAAAAAUUAAAAUCUUAUGUGUUCCCACUAUUUAUCACUAUUUGUUAAUAAUUUACUAUUAUUUACAAAGAUUCAGAUGCGUUUAGGGCUAAUGUAAAAUAAAAGGAGGCUUACAUUUUAAAUGUUAUUAAAAUUAUGUACUUAAAUCUAUAUUUAAUUACUGUAAAAAAUCCAGUCAAAUUAAUAAAUAUCUAAUGGCUGGGUUUGAAAAUUCUAGAAAUCAUCACCCUACUGCGCUUAUGAAGUAACUUGAAAAUGUGAAAAAGAAUCAUUUGAAGUGAUGGGUAAACUGUGUAAGUUGAAGCUAUAAUUUUCAACAAAGAAGAUGGCACAAAUGUUAAAAUAAAAAGCACAAACUGUAAAAAAGCAAGACAUUAGAGUAUAUGGCCAACUGAUUUAAAAAGCAUUAUUUGUACAUUCCUUUAAACGUUUAUCGUUAGAAGUAAAAGAGUAAUUUAACUAUCCUGCUAAAUUUAGCAGCAUUUGUAACUGUAAGAAUUUUAACUAAUACUAUUUAUAUUAGUUCUUUACCUUCAUCUUUCCUCUAUUUAAGGAAGGGAACGUUUUCAGAGAAUUUUCUUUUCACGUACAUAAAACAAUUUCAUACCAUUCCUGUAGUAUCACAACAGGUGGAUGUUUGCACAUGUCAAAUUUAUAAUGCUAGUUUUGAUUAAAGUUCUAUGUGACUUAUAUAUAUUAUCUUCUACAAUAAGAAAAACUGGUAAAUUUUGAAUUCUAUUUUCUAGGGAUUGUUAAGUUUGAAACCAACACGAGAGAGAAUCUCAAUCAUGCAUUAUGAAAUAAAAGUUUGAGUAUUUAAGAAACAGAGGCUUUUAACAAUUUAAAAUAUAUUUCUGAUAGAAUUAAACUAAGUGGGGUCUAUUUUAAAAUUCACAUUCUUAAACAUAAAUAUAACCAAGAUAGAACAUGAAACAGCUGGACUGCUCUUUCUUUAAGAUACUUGAAAAUUUUCAAAUUUUCAACCAUGUUCGGACACUUUAUGGUGCUUUGCUUGUUUGGCAUGACUUAUAUAGCCAUCCCUCUAUCUAAGUACUUGGAAGGAAAUACAUGUUUCAUUUUACAUUAAGUGUUGGAGUGAUUUUAGAUUUUAUUGAAAAUGGUACUGGCCUUUUUUUUUUUUUUUCUGUAAUGUCCAUUUUAAUUAACAUUAUUUAAAAUACAGGCCCUGUUUUGGGAGCUAAGGAUACAGCAAAGAACAAGUUAAAUUGUUAUUAUUUUACCUCAGAGUGUUUUAAAAAUCCUGUUAAACCAUUUUAAUCUAAGACUAUUAUAUAGUUUUAGAUUAAAAGCAAAGGUCUAAUUAAAUAUUUUAAAUGUAUAGCUUAUAUCCUUAGUAGAGUACUUUUGAUCUGUAGGUAUAUCGUCAACAAAAGCAGUCUCUAUUAUAGAAAAGCAGGAUUGAUGGGACAUUAACUUCUUCAGAGCUUGCAGUGUUUCUCAGACUUGAGCUAUUUGCUCUAUAUGAAUUUUAAAUUUAUGUGUUAUAAUUAUCUAGUAUUACAGAUGCUGAAUGUUUUUCUUAUUUUCAGUUUACUUGACCUUCUCAAGAAAAUGAUAUAAACAGUAGAGAUGAUAAUUAAUGUGGAUCUGAAUAUUCUGUAUGCUUUGUUAGACUUUUAAAAAUUUAUAGUGAUUACUAUUUUUAUAGAGAUUUAAAAUUAAUAAAACACUUCCAAAAGCAUUAUGUAAUUCCCACAGCAAACCUGGGAGGUAGGUAUUAUUCACAUUUUAAAAGUUAAAUAAAAAAACAUAAGGCUCAGACAGAACAACUGACUUGACUGAAAUCACAAUAACCUGCUCUUUUUACUUAAAUCCCAAUUAUAUGCUUUUAUUUUAUCUUAUUCCUUAUUUCACAGAUUUUUCCUGAGGUGGGGAAAGGAAUCACUUGUUGGUCUUUUAUCUGUUUUUCUUUUAAACAUAAAUAAUAAUACUUUUAAAGUG